AUGGCAUUGCGGUUCUGGUCACCUGUGUGUGGGUUGCAAUCUGUUUGGUACUGUCAUCGCAUGUGCGGCCUUCACGACGACAGCAUGCUAUCAGAUCUGGAUUGGCAAGACUUGAUUGCGUCAGUUGCAGCCUCAGGCAUCAGGCACGUAAUGGACCCUGACACCUGGACAUACACUCCAAGUUACCCCCUCAGCACGUGCAUAUCGCCAUAG